UUGUUGUUUUUUUAUUGCAGACAUAACUUUUUGAUUUGAUGGAAAUAAUUGGUUCUUAAGGUAUAAUUUUGAUUGCUUGAAAGCAAUACUAUCUCUGAGAUACAGCGCCUUCUGCUCCUUACCAUAUACUCUUUGAGCAUCUCACAGUGUAUUAUGUUUUCACAACACCCUUUAAGGAAGGAAAGUAUCAUUACCCUCAUUUUGCAGAUAAGGCACAGAUAAAUGAAAUGACUUACCCAAGAAAUCUGUAGCAGAAUUAGAAAUUAAACCCACCUCUCUAAUGUCCUAGGACCAAGCCUACAUUUUCCUAAUAUUGCCUUUCCCAGGGAGAAUUAACUAUCCUAUUAACAUCGACAUCCUAAAGGAAAAAUAAAACUCAUUGUCACACAGCUUGAUUCUAGUGAUGAUAUUCUGGGUCACAUGAAUGCAUAAUUAUUCAGCUAACUUCAAAGCAUAUAUUCCAAUACAGGCCUUACAUGCUUUGCAUGUUCUAAAUUUGAUUUCAAUUCAAUGAACUCUUUAAAAUGGUAUAAUAUUUAUGUCCUCUUGCAUUUAAUGAGAAUUUUAAGAUGUAAGUCAUACAAGAUUGAGAAUAUAGAAAUGAUUUGCUCUUUGUGUCUAUCAAAUUGAUCUCUGACAACACAAUGGAAAGUUUUAUAUAGGAAAUUAGGGACAUUUUUUAAAGCACCUUGGGGGUUUUCAUUGCCUACAUUUUUUGGGAACUCAACUUCAAUAACUUAGAACCAGACUUUUAAGAGAUGGUGACUACCAACAAAUGUAGUUGAAAGGUAUUCAGUAUUUCUAGAAUCAGGCUCUCUAAAUAUCUCAGAUUUUGACCCUUAAAAAUCUGGGCCUUCGCCUGUCUGUGACUAAGCAAGUGGUGAGAGAAUCCUACAGAUAGAGAACUUCAUUUAUAGUCAUCUACUUUUGAUCAUUUUAUUCAUGAUGCCAUUAUCAGUGCCUUUGCUCUUGAGACUUGAAUUCUGCAUGGUUAGAAUGUGAGGGAUGAAGGAUGUGAGGAAAAAGUAGGCAAUUGCUGGUAUGACUUCUGUUGGUCAAGCCUAUUAAGGUGAAAAAAGGAAAGAGAAGUACGCAUUGCUGGCUAGUGGGCUGCUAAGACCAUUGUGAACAGCACAUAUCAUAAGGCACUGAACAGCUGGCUAUGAAAGAUAUUCUUAGAUUAGAACUCUCUGAUCUUUCCCCCCAUAGUAAUUAGACUGCAUGUCCUUUUCUUAAAUGCAUCCCUUAAGUAUAUCAAUGUAAUUGCUUUUUUGUUGGCAGUAAAAAUAAAUGAACAUCUUAAAAUUCACUGCUAUUCCUACUGGGCCAGAUACUUAGAUGAGUAAAUCACCAUUGAUCCAUUCAUUUCUCUUCUGUGUACAUCCUUGAGUCCCAGAUUCCCCUUGAGGCUUUAUAAAUCAUUGCAUGGAGAAUUUGUUGCUAGAUCAGUCUUUCUGGCUCUGUUACCAAGAAGAAAAUGAGGAUAAACAAGCUGGAAUUGAAGUCUGUAUAAAUGAAGAAUCUCUACAUUUGAUGUACAGAGGUCUGUUAAUACAGGAAGGAACUUUCUUUGUCUUGAGUCCUGAUAACCACAUAAGAGAGACAACAGCUGCAGGCACAGAACUGAAAGUUUAUCAAGAGAACAGAAGAGUUAGUGAAGGUAUUUCUGGUGGAUCACUGGGUGAUGACCUCACCUUAUUAUCUAAAGCUGCUGUGGAGCCUUUGAUUCCUUUUCAUCAAUGGUUUCUUAAAAUAUACUCUGAUCCCGUUAAAUUUGGUAGCGAAAUGAAAUCUAAAUGCAGCAGCAUGCAAAUAGCUACGGGGUUGUCUCAAGCCGUGCUUAGCUAUGAAAGUGCUGUGCCUGAAGAGAUUAGCUUCCAGAGUGGAGACAAAAUUGAGAUCAUUGGCUACUUCAUAGAAUGCAUGGAAUGGUUUAUUGGAAGGCAUAUGUUUACUGGGCAAAUUGGUUUUGUAAAGACCAGCCACGUUAAACCUGACACUUCUCGAACUGAACAACAAAAUCUGAAUUUUCUUGAUGAGGAAGAGAAAUCUUUUUUUGCAAAAGAAAGAAACAUUGUGGAAGAGGACGUGAUGCGUGUAUUGAAGGAAAUGUCAAACACAGAAGUUUGCACUGUGUAUAGAGUAGACAGAUUAGAAGAAUUAGAAUUUCAGAAGCCUCAAGAACAAGAAAUGCCACAUCCCUCAUUUAAUACGGACUCCAGUAGAAUGAUGAAGAUGGUAGAAGAAUCCCUAAUGAAAUGUAAAGAUUUCCAGCACCAGCUGAAAGAGACGUCUAGUCAAGGAAAUGAUUUUCUUAGUUCUUCAAACCAGCAGAUCUGUGCCUUGGCUGAAGAGCCACAUUUCUGCAUACAACAAGAUGAUGAAGAUCAAGGAUCUGGAAUCACUGAGUCAUUAUUGUUGUUCUUAAACAGUGAAGAGUAUGAGAUGCACUUCAAACACCUGUAUGACUUCUCCUUCCCAUUUCUUAGCACCACAUUUUAUGGCUACAGUGGUGAAGAAGAACUGGUUUGCUAUUUUGGACUGGCAAGGGAGGCAGCAAAGAAAGCAAAUUUGCCUUGGGCCCUCGCCAGGCUAUGCUUUCUCUUGGGUAGACUGAGUAUUAGAAAGCUCAAAUUUUCCCAAGCUCGCGUUUAUUUUGAAGAAGCCUUAGGAGCUAUAAAAGGCGGUUUUGGUGACCUGUACCUUGUAGUUGCUCUUUAUACAAAUCUAACAGCCAUUUAUUUGAAACAGAAGAACAAAGAAAAAUGUGCUCAUGUUUUUGACAAAGUUGCUUCCCUGCUCAUGGGAAUUCCCAACUACAUCUGUAGCAUUGACAUGGAAUCAGACAUUUUAAGGUAUGCUUUAAAGGCGACAAUAGUGAGUCAGAGCAAGCAUGCAGAAGUCAGAGCAUGCUUUCUGUUGGCAAAACAUCAUACCAAACUUAAACAAUAUGAAGAGGCGCUACCUUUCCUAGAAAGGCUGCAGCUUUUGAGUAAUGACUUGGAUUUACAGAAGAGCAUAAUGUCUGCUGACUGCUAUAUUAAACUAGGUGAGUCCUACAAUCAAAAAUGCUUGCCACACAUUGUACUAAGUUGCAUAAAGGUUGCUUCUUCCCAGGGGUCAUGUACUUUAAUGGACGCUUUGAGAAGCAUUGAUUUAGUCACUAAAAAUGCCCCCAAACUCCAUAGGUUGAGGAAAGCUGGGCAAAUGCUUCCAUCCCAAAUUGCACCUUAUCUUAGACAGGCACUUUCCUCAGCAUUUACCAAGGAGCAGCAGAAACUAUGCAGCACAAUUUAUCUUAGCUUAUCAGAACUGUACAGUCAUCACAGACGAUAUGGAGACGCCAUUGUUUAUAUGGAGAAAGUACUGGACUUUGAUACUUCUGCUCAUGCUGGAGAAACUAUUAACCAUUUAGUUUCACUGGCUUGGUUAUACAUUCUCCACAGGCAAAAUACGAUAGCUUUGUCCAUCUUAAAUACCAUUGUAGACUCUUCAUUGAGUAGUCCUCAGCAGUUAGGUGUUAUUUAUAAUAUGAUUGCCAUUGCUUUGAAACAAACCAACAAUAUAAAACAAGCUACUGUGAGUUACUACAAAGCUCUGCAUAUUUCAGAAGAGACUGAUAUGGUACACAACCAUGCUGUAGUUCUGGCUAAUUUGGGAAUGCUCUGCCUGCAUUCAGGAGUGAGCCAUUUGGCAGAGCAUUAUUAUAUCAAAGCAGUAAAGCUAUUCUCUAGACUUCCAAGCUUGGAUUGUGGCCAUGAUUUUACUCAAGUCCUCCUCCGACUGGGAUCCAAUUAUGCUAAUGGGAGUCAAAAGAAAAGAGGACAAUUUUAUUAUGAAUGGGCAUUGUUGGUGGCAAUGGAAACAAACAAUUUGGAAAGUCAGCUUCAAGCUGUUCGGUUGCUAUGUCAAUUCUACACUACAGUUAUUCCAGAUGAAGCUCAGUGUGUCGUCUACAAUGAGUAUCAACUAUCCUUGGCGAGGAAAAUGUCAGACAAAGUUUUGGAGGGACAAAUUUUGGAAAGGAUCAGUCAGCUGUAUCUCUCGUUAGGCACAGAAAGGGCUUACAGAUCAGCUCUGGAAUAUACCAAAAGAAGCCUUGGAAUAUUUAUAGAUCUUCAGAAGAAAGAGAAGGAGGCAUAUGCCUGGCUUCAGGCAGGAAAGAUUUAUUACAUUUUGAGGCAGAAUGAGCUAGUGGAUCUUUAUAUUCAGGUCGCUCAAGAUGCUGCUCUUUGUAAUGGGGAUCCUAACUUAGGAAUGGAAUUAUUUGAAGCUGCAGGAGACAUAUUUUUCAAUGGUACUUGGGAGAGGGAAAAAGCAGUGUCAUUCUACAGGGACAGAGCUCUUCCACUUGCCAUCAAGAUGGGAAACAAAAUGGCAGAACUCCGAUUAUGCAACAAAUUAGUGCACUUGCUGUUAAAUCUACAGGAUUAUGAGAACAGUCUGGAGUAUGCACAAGUAUCCCUCAUGCUUAGUGUGAAUUUAGGAAACCAGCUAAAUGAACGAAUAGCAUAUCACAGACUGGCUGCUAUCCAUCAUCGCCUGGGUCACUGUGAACUUGCUGAACACUUUUACUUAAAAGCAUUGUCCCUUUGUGCCUCUCCUUUGGAAUUUGAUGAGGAAACAAUAUAUUAUGUGAAAGUAUAUCUGAUCCUAGGAGACAUUAUAUUCUAUGACCUAAAGGAUCCUUUUGAUGCAGCAGGAUAUUAUCAUUUGGCGCUUGCAGCUGCCAUGGAUUUGGGCAACAAAAAGGCUCAACUGACGAUUUAUACAAGACUUGCAAUAAUCUAUCACAAUUUCCUUAUGGAUCGGGAGAUGUCUCUUUUCUUCUAUCAAAAGGCAAGAACCUUUGCCACAGAGCUUAAUGUCCGGAGAAUAAAUCUGGCACCUGAUCAGUAUUAUAAGACCUGUGAAAAAUAUCAUGUACCUGUGAAAAAUAUCAUGUGAUAACCUACCAGACAGCUAAAGAAAUAUCAUUUUGGUUUUGUCUGACAACACAGAAUGAGAUUAUAUGUCGUACGUAAUGUAUAUGGGACUUCAGUGCCACA